AUGGCCUGGCUCUCCGGCAAGAAAGGUGACAAGUCGGUUCGUGUCCCGCAACCUGCGCAGCAGGUGGACCGUCGCCGCACCGAGGACAUCUGGCUGGAGCUGCGGAGAGCCUUCGACGAGAUACAGGAGAAGCAGGAAACCGUACAGCGUUUCGACAUGCUGUACAGGGACGUGUAUGCCAUGGUGAUGCGGAACGAAGGGGCGCGCCUCUACCGCGGUCUGCGCGACGCCGUGACAGAGCACCUGACCAACAAAGUACGCGCCCUCGUGUUGGCUAAAGUUGGGGAGGACUUCUUGCAGACACUAAAUCAGGCCUGGAAGGACCACCAGACGAGCAUGACAAUGAUUAGAGACAUCGUGACGUACCUCGAAGGCCCGUACGUUCGUCAGAGCAACGUUGACAACGUGCACACACUGGGCGUGUUGCUCUUCCGGGAUGAGAUAGCGCGCAGCGAUCACGUACGGGACUGCCUUCGCGAAACCCUGCUUGGCUUGGUGAAGAGAGAUCGCGAAGGCAAGCAAGUCGACAAGCUUUCCAUGAAGGAGGCGUGCGAAAUGCUCGCAAUCCUAGGACUCGAUUCAAGGUCCGUGUACGAGGAAGAUUUCGAGCUGCCUUUCCUGGCAGAGUCGGCGCAGUUCUACGCGUUAAGGGGCCGUCAUUAUAUCGAAACGAUGGACACUCUAGAGUACAUCGCCAAAGUCGAGCAGCAUAUCAAGGAAGAGUCAGAGCGGGCGAGGCAGUGCCUGUGCGAGUCAACCGUGGCUCCCGUGGUGCUAGUCGUGAAAGAGGAGCUCAUCGGGAAGCAUAUGAAGGCCAUCCUGGAGAUGGAUGACUCUGGCGUUGUGCAUAUGCUCAGGAACCGAAUGACGGAGGACCUGGCCCAUAUAUUUCGCCUCCUAAAGUACGUACCGAACGGUCUCAAGACAUUGCUUGACUAUGUCAGCAAGUACCUGCGCGACCUAGGAAGAUCAAUCGUGAACGAGGAAGUGAACUCCGUGGGCAUGGUACAGAAAAUAAUGGAGCUGAAAGAUCGCUUUGACCACUUUCUACAGCACUCCUUCAACGAUGAGCUACUGGUCAAGCAAAAGAUCACCACCGACUUUGAGUACAUACUCAGCCUGACCCGCAAGACACCCGAGCACCUCUCUGCGUUUGUAGACGACACGUUACGAAGGGGAAUUAAGGGCAUGACAAAGCAGGAGAUUGACCAGUCGCUGGACAAGUCUAUCGCAAUAUUUCGGUUCUUGCAGGAGAAAGACCUUUUCGAUCGCUACUACAAGCAGCAUCUCGCCAAGCGGCUGCUGCUCAACAAAAGCAUCUCAAUGGACGCAGAGAGAAGUAUGGUCGCUAAACUUGCGAACGAGUGUGGCUGCAUGUUCACCUCCAAGAUGGAAGCCAUGUUCAAGGACAUGAAUAUCUCCAACAACAUGAUGCUGGAUUUCAAGGCAGCAAUAUCGUCUUGCAGAACGGACUUGAAUGGAGUCGACCUGAACGUGCGUGUGCUCACGACGGGCUUCUGGCCACUGCCUGUCGCCACGCAGCAAAGCAACAUUCCCCCCGGCCCGCGCAGCGCUUUCGAGACGUUCCGGCGGUUCUACCUGGCAAGGCAUGACGGCCGGCGUCUGACCCUGCAGCCACAGCUGGGCUGGGCAGACAUGAGCGCCGUGUUCUACGGGCCAUGCAACAACGAGCCGUGUUCGUCGCAAGCGUCAGACAAGCUCCAGCCGCGCACCUACACAAUCCAGGUGACGACGUACCAGAUGUGCGUGCUGAUGCUGUUCAACAGCCGCGACAAGAUAUCGUACGAGGACAUCGCCUCCGAGACGGACAUCCCCGAAACAAACCUCGUUCGCGCCCUGCAUUCGCUGAGCGCGGCAGACGCCUCCAUGCCAGUGCUUACCAAGACGCCCAACACGAAGGAAGUUGACAAGGACCACGUUUUCGCCGUCAAUGAAGCCUUCACGUCCGGUUUGCGGAAGGUCAAAAUUCAGCCGACGUCGAGUCAGAAAAAUUCCGCGCCAAAGAUCGAUGGUAACGCGGGCAACGUGGGUAACGUGGAUGAAGAGCGAAGGUACGAACUAGAAGCGGCCAUCGUGAGGAUAAUGAAGGCACGCAGAACACUGUCGCACGACGACCUUCUCGUCGAAGUGACGAACGUGCUUAAAUCCAGGUACACUCCCAGUCCCGCUGCGUUCAAGACGAGAGUCGAUGCCCUUAUAGAAAGAGAGUAUCUUGAGAGGGCUACCGAGGACCCAGGUGUGUACAUCUAUAUGCCAUAA